UUGGAAGAUUUCGAAUUUUGCAAUGAUUUUGAUUGGGAUUUGAGAAAUAGAAGCGAUUGGUGAGUUUUUUGGGAAGGGAUUUCGGAAAAAUUUUAAAAAAUUCGAAAAAACUGUUCACGUUAUUAAAAAAAAUAGAAAAAAAUUCACGCUAGAUCUCUAUUUUUCAGGUCGGACGCUCAUUUCUGGAAAUAUUUUACUUUUUAUUCGGUCUGUCAAAAUGAUUUUGAGGAUUUGGUUCUGAUACAACUGCAACUCAUGUCUCAGGUUAGUUUAAUGGGUUUUGGGUGAAAUUAUAUCAGGUAAUUUAAAUUUAAAAGAAACAAUAUAGAGUGUGUGAGAGAAGGAGGGGGAAAAGAAAAAAAAUAAAUUGUAUAACUCAGAAAGUGUCCUGACAGCCGUCGGCGAGAAAAUCUCGCCAGCUAGCACGCGAGCCGGCAGACGGCCGUCCAUUUCUCGCAUUUUUCUGGCGAGACCUCGCCAGUUCUCGCUGCUAGCUAGCGCUUGCCUGUUGUUUUUGCAGUUCAUAGAGCUUGUUUCAAAAGAAUUUAUUAAACAAAAAACACUUCAUUUAUCAGAAUCCUGUGGAGUGAUGUGUUGUGGUUUCCAGGCUGUGAAGAUUUGGCUGAUGAUUGUAGAAUCUGAAAUUUUGAAUCGUGUUGAAAACUUCGCUUAA